AUGACUCAUUUGCAGGCAGGCCUGUCCCCAAAGACGCUGGAGAAAGCCCGGCUGGAACUGAACGAAAACCCGGACACCCUGCACCAGGACAUCCAGGAGGUGCGGGACAUGGUCAUCACCCGGCCAGACAUUGGCUUUCUCCGCACGGACGACGCCUUCAUUCUCCGCUUCCUUCGGGCCAGGAAGUUCCAGCAUUUUGAGGCGUUUCGCUUGUUGGCCCAGUACUUUGAGUACCGCCAGCAGAACCUCGAUAUGUUCAAGAGCUUCAAAGCCACGGACCCAGGCAUCAAGCAGGCACUCAAGGAUGGCUUCCCAGGAGGACUGGCUAACCUUGAUCACUACGGCAGGAAGAUCCUGGUUCUGUUUGCUGCCAACUGGGACCAAAGCAGGUAA